AUGGUGGUGGCUUUGUUGUGGGUGAAGCGAAUCGCGAUUGGUAUGGACCGGAGUAUUUCAUGGAAAAAGAUAUUAUAUUGGUUACCAUCCAGUACCGAUUGGGUGUUUUCGGUUUGUAAAGUUUAUUUUAUUCAUUUACAAUGUUUACUCACCACACCGGAGUUGGACAUACCUGUCAAUGCGGGCUUAAAAGAUCAAGUGCUAGCACACAAGUGGGUCAAUAAUAAUAUAGCAAACUUUGGUGGCGAUCCAAAUUGCAUAACCGUAUUCGGUGAAAGUGCUGGCGCUGCCUCAACGCAUUAUCUCAGUAUUACCGAACAAACCAAAGGUUUAUUUCAUCGGGCAAUUACAAUGUCUGGUGCGGCUAUUGCUUCUUGGGCGCACAAUGGUCAAGAACGUCAUGCUUAUCCACUUGCAAAGUUAGCCGGUUAUAAUGGAGAACACGAUGAAAAACAUGUCUUGGAGUACUUAAAAAAAUGCAAAGCGGCCGAUCUAGUACAGCUGAAGGAGAAAGUGCUGUCUACAGUUGAGUUACAACGCCAUAUAAUGUUUUGUUUUGCACCCUGUAUAGAGCCAUACGACACACCACAAUGUGUGAUUUCAAAAACUCCACGUGAACUAAUGAAAACCGCUUGGAGUAAUUCAGUACCAAUGUUGACUGGUCAUACUUCAGCUGAGGGUUUGCUCAUGCUGCCACUUAUUAAAGGAUGUCUAAAUGAACUAGAGACAUGUCGAAGCUUUGUACCAUAUGAAGUUGUGGAUGAAGCGGAUAUUGCGGAAAAUGCUGCGAAACUGAAAAUACAUGCCGACAGUGCUGAGUUGUCAGCUGACGAAUAUAUGGAGAUCAAUGGCUAUUUUCUCUUCCUCUUUCCUCUCCAUCGUGUUUUGCUAUCACGUUUGACUAACGCUUCGUCCGCCCCAACAUAUCUUUAUCGCUUUGACUAUGACUCGGAAAAAUUAUCAAACCCCUACCCCAUUUGGCGUUUCGGUCGUGGUGUAAAGGGUGUUUCCCAUGCCGAUGAAUUAGCCUAUCUUUUCUCGCAUGCUAUGGCUAGCGCAGCCCCUAGGGAUAGCCCUGAAUAUCGCACCAUACAACGCAUAGUUGGCAUUUGGACUCAAUUCGCCGCAACUGGUAAUCCAAAUGAUAACCAAGUCCAUGGUUUGGAAUCGCUGAUAUGGGAACCCGUCCGCUCAGCUUACAAGUGUUUAAAUAUCGGUGAAGAAUUAGAGAUUAUAAAUUGGCCAGAAAUGGAAAACGUUAAAGUGUGGGCGAGCACUUUUGACAGAAAUAAAGACUUAUUAUUUAAAGAGUAGAGUAUGCGUGUGGAUAAUAAAAUUUAUGAUAACAGUCGGCAUGAGUUUUUGUUAGUGGUACUCACUUAACGUUGCAAUGAUAUAAAUAUAGUAAAUUUCAAUAUGGCAACAAAUGUUAAAUGAGCGCUCUUUGGCAAUAUUGUGGUAACAUCAGCUUAUUGUGAAUUAAUUGUAAGCAUGCCCUGAAUGCCACUGAAAAAAGUCUCGCAUAUUUGCAAGAUUGUUGUAAAAUGAAAUGCAUGUAAAAAUUAACAGCUGUUUUACGAUAUUGUAAUUUUGCGAUUUUGCCAUACGUUUACGACGUUAAAUGAGUACCACUAUUAUUUAUGAUACUAAUGUGAGAAUCAGGCCAGAAUGAAAAUACGCAAGAUCCUUUGAAAGUAUAUGUUAUUUAUAUAAGGUUAUAUUUGGUUAACUUCUAGAAAAAGGAUGAACAUCCCAAAGGGUUUUCUCGGAUUCCCAUCAGGAGAAAUAGCUAUAUACUAUGUGGUAUUUUCACGGAUUUGACAAAAAUCCGAAAUGAGCAAUAACGAACGAAAAUAUGGUUAGCAUUUCCUUUUGUUUGCUCAUGUGGAAGUACGCACAAAGCUCCUUUUAGGGUUGGAGAUGGGAAGUAAUAUGUAUAUUAGGGGUAGUCUAUUUUUGUAACACCUACUUUACAUGCCAUAACACGAUGAGGAAUAGUAAAAAAAAUGAUAAUUGCGUUUUUAGUUUUUCGAUUUAUUUCAAAAACUUCACGCAGAAUUUAAAUUGAAAAAAAUCAUAUAUUAUAUGAGAAGAAGAAGAAGACAAAUUUUGAUUUAGAAGCAAUAAGACUAAUUUAAGUACAAGACAAAUACAUUUUUAUAGUAAAUACA